UUCCCAUGGCUGGCUGGUUGUUCGGAAUUUGUCUGUGCACGCAGAGCUGUUGUUGACCAGCAGCUGCUGCCCGCUGGAUUAAAACUCCGCGUAAAUGCUUUAUGGAAAACUUUGGUCAAAUCAUAUUUGCCCAAAGCAUCAUUUCCUCCAAUCAACAGAUCCAUUGCCAUUCAAACCCCAAAACAGGCAGCGCCCUUUAUGUCCCGACCCUAUCAUCAGAACAAAGCAGGGCAGGAGAACCUCACCAUGGAUUCCGUGAACUUCUUCAGAGGCUACGACAAAGUAAGCCGCCUCGAAAACCAAAACCCAUCCCAAAAACCUGUCUCGACCGCCAUAACCAUCUCUGCCAUCCUCAUCCUCACUUUGGUCAUCGGCUUAACACUAGCUGCGUUGAUGCUGGAACCCAUCAAAGCACCAGCUGGCACAGCCUCACCCUCACUUUCUUCUAACUCGGAUGAGUCUAUCAGGACGAUCUGCAACGUGACUCGGUUGCCUGAGUCCUGUUUCACCACUCUAUCUUCUCUCAGCGCCUCUACCAAGCCUGACCCAGAAAGCAUCCUUCACCUCUCUCUCCAAGUGGCCAUCAACCAUCUCUCAAACCUCUCUUCAUCACUCAAAUCCCUCAAUGAUCUCUACUCUCAGCCUGCUUUAAAGGACUGCGUGACCCUGUUUGAUGACGCACUGAAUCGACUCAAUGAUUCAGUGUCGGCAAUGCAGGUGGGUUCUGGGAAGGAGCUAGUUUUGACUAAGGAGAAGAUUAGCGAUAUCCAAACUUGGAUUAGUGCUGCAAUGUCUGAUCAGGAAACGUGUAAUGAUGGUUUGCAAGAGAUGGGAUCGACGGUUGCUGAUAAAGUCAAAUCUCAAGUUCAAAGCUCUAAAGAGUCUAUUAGUAAUAGCUUGGCAAUUGUUGCUAAUAUGCAAAACCUCCUACAGAAGUUUGGUCUCAUCAUGCACUGAGUUUUUGGGUUAAUCUUCCUUUUUGUUUUUUUUUUUGCCUCAUUAUGCUAGGUUAGGUUGUUUUGCUCUAAGUUUCUUUGUCAUAAUAUGUGGGGUUAUUGUUUUGCAUUUGUAAGGUGAUGCAAAUAUAAUUGUGCAAAUUUUACUGCUAUAAAGAUUUUUGCUAUCCAAAA